AUGUCAGAAAAGUUAUCAAAAGCAGAUUAUUUCGAGAAUUAUGAGAAAUUAAGAAUGAAGAUGAAAAAUGAAAUGAAUGCAGCUUAUAAAGGUGAAGGUUCAUCGAUUUCAUUGAAUUAUUUAAAUGAAUUAAAUAAGUUGUACUGUUUAGUACAAAAACAAAAAAUAAAGGACACUAAAGUCCAUUUAGAAGAUUCAGAAGUUUUUAAAGAAGCUUCAGAUUUUGCUGCUUUAAAUGCUAGAAAUAUCAAAUUUGGGAAUAACUUAAUUUCCUUAGAUGAUUUAGAUUUUCUAAAACAUUUAAAAAAAUUUGCUAAAACUAAUGGUUCAGCUAUUAUUAAUGAUGAUUUAGAUGAUGAUGAUGAAGAAGAAGAAGAAGAAGAUAUAAUAGAAGGUGAACAUAUUUUUAAUCAAACAAAUUGGCUAAGUUUAGGUAUGUUAUAUUAUCAAGUUUCUAAAAAACCAAUAUCGGUUGAUUUCUUAAAUGGUCCUAUAGAAUCUGAAAGAAAGAAGAUAAAUCAAAGAAGUAGAAAUAUAGAUGACACAAAGGGUGGAAGCUCAACAACUGCAAGACAAGUUGAAGCUAGUGAUAUUCAAGAUAAUGAAGAAAAAAAUACAGCAUACAUGGUUAGAAAAAUUUAUGAACAUUAUAUUCAAAAUGAUGAUGGAUCAGGUAUAAUAUUUUAUAGAUUCUUCAUUAAUCCAUUUUCAUUCUCACAAAGUAUUGAAAAUUUAUUCUUUACUAGUUUUUUAAUUAAAGAUGGUAGAUUAAAAUUAUAUGAUAAUGAUGGAAUUCCAACUAUAAAACGAGUUAGUAAUGAAGAGCUUCAUCAAAGUCAAUUGGACUCUUCAAAUGUGGUUUCAAAUCAUCAUAUAGCAAGUUUUAAUUAUAAAGUAUGGAAAGAUUCAAUUGAAAUGUAUAAUAUUCUGGAUUGUUUUCUAGGUCAUAGGACGGAACAAGAAGAUCAAAUGCCAAAUGAUGUAUAA